CUCCAAUCCCAUCACAAUUUACAUAUUCCUCAAUCCUCUCUGUUUUGCUCUAUUGCGCUAAGUUUUUGGAACUGAUCAACAAUCAUGGGAGGUGGAAAAGAUAAGCAUCAAGAAGGUGGUAGUGGUGAAGAAGCUGACAGGGGCCUUUUCGGUAGUCUUCUACACGGUGUUGCUGGAGGUCAACAUGGCUACCCACCUCAACAACAUGGCUACCCUCCUCAGCAACAUGGCUAUCCACCGCAGCAGGGUUACCCUCCUCAGGGCUAUCCCCCGCAGCAGGGUGGGUAUCCUCCACAAGGGUACCCUCCAGCUGGGUAUGCGCCUCAGCAGGGCUACCCUCCACAAGGGUACCCGCCCGCCGCUCACGGCGGUCACUCUGGAGGGAGCCACGGUAUGGGGGGAAUGCUAGCUGGGGGUGCAGCAGCUGCUGCAGCCGCAUAUGGCGCUCACAAGUUGUCAGGACAGCACGGUCACGGGUCUCACCAGGUGUCUCACGGUGGCUACUAUCCAUCUCACGGCAUGCCAGGAUUCGGGGGGCACGGCAAGGUCAAGCAUGGUAAAUUCGGGAAGCAUGGGGGCAAGCACGGCAAGUUUGGGAAGCAUGGAAAGCACGGUGGAGGCAAGUUCAAGAAGUGGAAGUAAAGAGCACGAUCCUGACCCGCUGCUCAACUGGAAUUGCUGAUUUAGAACUCUAUCGACCUUAGAUAAAUAAACCAAAACUAUCUACUAUCUAGUACAUUACAUUAUGCUGGUCUGUAAUGAUGUUGGCUGCUGAUUACAGAAUCUUUUUUUCAGUAUCUGAAAAUUAACUCAUUCCUUUUUAGACUUUAAUUCUAUGGUGCUCCUUAGCUGAGUAUAUAUAUAUCAGGGAAUAUCGUUAUCGUUUUGUCUUGUAAAGUUGUAAUGCAUUAUGCUUCUAUGCCUUAUACAGAAUUAGAGAUGCUGUUCUGGGGAAUAAUGGAGCUUUCUACUUUUUAUUUUGUUCUGGUUGCGAUCAUGAACAGAGAGUGCUACUUAUUUUUGUCUGGUAGACAUCGUUUCAAUUAUAAAAUCAUUGUGAAUGAAGCUUGGGUUUUCUUUUUCGGUUUAGUGGUUUGA